CUCUCUGGUUCUCUACUUCCAUUGAAAUCAUCUCCGAAUCACUCCUCUCUUUGCCGAAGAUGAUGGUCUCCGGCGUGAAGCGCGAGCGCAUCGAACCGCAGGUGGCCGUGCCGGUGGUGAUAAAGUCCACCGUCAUCGAGUUGAGCAGCAGCGAUAGCGAUUCCGACGCCGAUGUUGGUGUGGGAGGCGGGACCGGGAGAACUAGGGUUUCUAACAGUGGUUCCGUUGUUGGAGGGCUUGCUAAGAAGGCCAAGGCUGACUCUGCGCUCCCUCUUGGGUUUCUUGAUCCUCUGCCUCUUGAGGAACCCCGCGUUGCCAACUCGGUGAUGAGGAAGGGGUGUCGGCAGUUCUGGAAGGCUGGGGAUUUUGAAGACGUUCCCGUUGUUGAUUCCACGUCGGUCACUGUUGGCAUGGAUCAUGUGAGAGUUCAUCCGAAGUUUCUACACUCAAAUGCUACCAGUCACAAGUGGGCACUUGGAGCUUUGGCUGAACUUCUGGACAAUGCUCUGGAUGAGGCUUGCCAUGGAGCUACAUAUGUCAACAUAGACAUGAUGGAGAAUAAAAAAGAUGGAAGCAAGAUGUUGAUUGUUGAAGAUAAUGGUGGUGGCAUGGAUCCAGAUAAGAUGAGGCAUUGUAUGUCUCUAGGCUACUCAGCAAAGAGCAAAAUAGCAAAUACUAUUGGGCAGUAUGGAAAUGGCUUUAAAACAAGCACCAUGAGACUCGGUGCAGAUGUGAUAGUGUUUUCACGGAGUCGCGGAAGAGAUGGAAAAAGCCCUACACAAAGCAUUGGGUUGCUGUCCUAUUCAUAUUUGAGGAACACGGGCAAAGAGGAUAUUGUAGUUCCAAUGCUUGAUUAUAAAAAAGGAGGGCAGAUUUGGAAGAGAAUGAGAACAUCUUAUUCCAUUGACUGGAAUACAAAUCUAAACACAAUCAUUGAUUGGUCUCCAUAUUCAAGUGAGGCUGACCUUCUACAGCAGUUUAGCAAGAUGAAAGAUCAUGGGACUCGAGUGGUCAUAUAUAAUUUAUGGGAAGAUGAUCAAGGGAAGCUAGAGCUUGAUUUUGAUGCUGACCAACAUGAUAUUCAAGUUAGAGGGGUCAACAGGGAUGAGAAUAAGAUUCAAAUGGCUAAACAAUUUCCCAACUCUAGGCAUUUCCUAACAUAUCGGCAUUCUCUUAGGAGCUAUGCAUCAAUGCUUUAUCUUCGACUUCCUCGAGGCUUCAGAAUGAUUUUGCGUGGCAAAGAGAUUGAACAUCACAAUAUUGUCACUGACAUGAUGAUGAAGGAAGAGGUUACCUACAGGCCACAGCCAAGUGCAGAUGGUGUUCACAAGGAUCCAAAUAUGGUUGCAGUUGUGACCAUGGGCUUUGUCAAAGAUGCCGAACACCAUAUUGAUGUCCAAGGAUUUAAUGUCUACCACAAAAAUAGAUUGAUCAAGCCAUUUUGGAGGGUCUGGAAUCCACCAGGAAGUGAUGGCCGUGGAGUAAUAGGUUCAUUGGAGGCUAAUUUUGUUGAGCCAGCACAUGAUAAACAAGAUUUUGAAAGGACAAUAGUGCUCUCAAGGCUUGAAGCACGUUUAGUUCAGAUGCAAAAAACAUACUGGUCAACCAAGUGUCAUAAAAUUGGCUAUGCUCCAAGAAGAAACAAGAAACUUAUUGAGUCAGAGGAUAAGGAGAGCUCACCUGAAGCCUAUCAACCAUCAGCUCGGCGUUCUGGAAAAGGCUCAAAAAACAGUACUUCAGCUAUUGGAUCUAUUAAAAAUAGAAAUCAUAAAGAUGAGACUUUGGGCGUUGCAAAUGAAAGAACUUCUCAGAAGUCUGGAAAGAAUUCUUCUAGAAGGUCGGCAUUGAACAGAAUAAUGCCCGAUAGUGAAGAAAGUGACUCUGAGGAUGAAUGUAUUCCCUCUGACAGAGCAGUAAAUGGAUGUGGUGAUAAGGCUGCAGUUGCUCAGAAGUCUGUCACAAAAGACGGUGUUUGUCCAUCCUUGUCUUCCCCUUCUCCCACUAAGGGUGGAGGAGAUGUGACAGCUGACAAAAUGACUACCAGAUUACAAUCAAAGACCACGAGCAUUGCAUGUGAUGUAAAUGGAUCUAGACAGGAGGAAGCCGAAUUAAGUCUCGAACAGUUGAAAGCUGAAAAUAAAGAUCUGAAAGAAAGAUUACGGAAAAUGGAGGAAUCAAUGGCAAUUGAUUUACAGAAUGAGAAGGACAAGAAUAAAUCUUUGGCUGAGCAAUUAGAAGCAGCCGAGAAAAAACUAGAAGAGCUAAACAAAGAACAAGAGGCAUUAAUAGAUAUAUUUUCAGAAGAAAGGGUUCGUCGUGACAAAGAAGAAGAAAAUUUGAGGAAGAAGUUAAAAGAUGCGCAGGCAGAUAUUCAGAAAUUGCAAAAUCAGAUGUAGCUGAAUAAUUUUCUGCUGAAUAGAAUUUUGUUAAAUCUUUGUGCUGCUGCAAUUGCUUUGGGGAUUAAUGAGGGGGGUAUCUUAUUUUUGGUUAUU